AUGGAUACCACAGUGAUACUCCCUUGGACGGCGCUGUUCAGUGUGUUGGUUUUGUCAGCUGUCUCAGGAACAUUUCCUUGUGGUGGCUACCUUACAUAUGAUUCAGGAUCAUUCAGUAGUCCCUUCUAUCCUGGGAAUUAUCCAAACAAUGCUGACUGCGUGUGGACAAUUAUAAAUUAUAACAAUUUAAAUAUAAAGCUCACAUUUGCAAGUAUUGAUAUGGAAUGCUUUAAUGAUUAUGUUGAGAUCUAUGAUGGCUACGUGUACUCACAUCUCCUUGGAAGGUAUUGUUCUUCACCCACCAAAACAUUUUAUUCCACAUCAAAUGUCCUCACAGUGAGGUUUUUCAGCGACUCUUCAGCAACACGUAGAGGUUUUCAUGCCACCUACUCUUCAGUUUAUGGAACAUUUCCUUGUGGUGGCUACCUUACAUAUGAUUCAGGAUCAUUCAGUAGUCCCUUCUAUCCUGGGAAUUAUCCAAACAAUGCUGACUGCGUGUGGACAAUUAUAAAUUAUAACAAUUUAAAUAUAAAGCUCACAUUUGCAAGUAUUGAUACGGACUGCUUAAAUGAUUAUGUUGAGAUCUAUGAUGGCUACCUGUACUUACGUCCCAUUGGAAGGUAUUGUUCUUCUUCCAACCUAACAUUUUAUUCCACUACAAAUGUCCUCACAGUGAAGUUUUUCAGCGACUCUUCAGUAAGACGUAGAGGUUUUUAUGCCACCUACUCUUCUUUUUAUCCUUCAUUUGGUAUUCGAUUGGUGAAUGGAAAUGGUAGCUGUACAGGCCGUGUUGAAAUCAAUUAUCCGAAUGGAACAUGGGGGUCAGUUUGUGAUGAUUCAUGGGAUCUAACAGAUGCAAAUGUGGUAUGCAGACAACUUGGAUGUGGACGAGCUGUUUCAGCUGUAUCAAAUGCAUAUUUUGGUCAAAGCUCUGGUCCUAUUCUCAUGGAUGAUGUUAGUUGCAGAGGGAAUGAAUCCUUCCUUUGGGAUUGCCCUCACCGUGGGUGGGGAGUCCACAACUGUAACCACCAGGAAGAUGCUGGUGUCAUCUGUUCAGGUAGACUCACUACAGUGCCACCAACAGGCUUUUUACCUUCAACAAGUUAUCAUUGUGGUGGUUUCCUUCCAUAUUCAAAUGGGAUAAUUGAAAGUCCAUUCUAUCCUUCCAACUACCCAAACAAUGCCGACUGUGUAUGGGAAAUCCAAGUAGGAAGCAAUUACCUUAUAACACUUGCAUUCCAAAGUCUGUCACUAGAAGUAUGUAGUGGAUACGGGUGCAGCUGUGAUUAUGUUGAAAUCUUUGAUGGAACACUCCAUAAUUCUCCACUGCUUGGGAGAAUUUGUUCUGGCUCCUAUCACAUCUUUACAACAACCUCCAACAUGAUGACUGUUAGAUUCCAUAGUGAUAGUAGUGUCACAAGAAGUGGUUUUCGUGCAAACUAUCGUACUAUCCCUGCAGAUAAAAAUACAACUCUUGUUUGUUUACCGGAAUAUAUGGAGGCUGUACUUAGUAGAAGUUACCUCAACUCCGAAGGCUACUCACCAUGGGAUGCGAGCUUGAUUGACCCAUACUGCAGACCGCAGAUCACACCAUAUUUUGUUAUAUUCCACAUACCAUACAAUGGUUGUCAGACCAGAAGAGAAGCAGAUGCUGAUACUAUUAUUUAUUCAAACAUGAUCAUGGUACCUGCUCCAGCAACUCCCCCAGGUGCCAUAAUUAAAAGGAAAGCGAAUCUUCACUUGCAUGUCAACUGCAAGAUGCUGGAACAUACUUGGAUAGAGACAAUGUAUGUUGCUCGUGAAACGCUGGAGCUCAAUAAGACUCAGUAUGGCCAAUACAAUGUGAACCUUACAUUUUAUGACUCACCGUCCUUCUUCAAUCCAGUGUACGAUAUGCCUUACUAUGUUGUCUUGAAUCAGAAUAUAUAUCUGCAACUGAAUCUUUUUAGCUCUGACUCAAAUCUGCAACUGUUUCUGGAUACAUGUACAGCAUCACCCGACUAUGGUGACUUUAAAACCCUCACUCAUGAUAUCAUCAAGAACGGGUGUAUUCGUGAUAAUACCUUUCAGACCUAUUAUUCACCAUAUACACAUGUUCUUCGGUUUUCCUUCCGAGCCUUUGAAUUCAUUCGUAGAUAUCCAUCCGUUUACCUGCAGUGUAAAGCGGUGGUUUGCAGAGCCUAUGACUAUAACUCUCGAUGUUAUCGGGGCUGUCUGAACCUGCCUAGAUCUAAGAGAGAUACAAGCUCUUACCAGGAAAAACUGGAAGUCAUUGUUGGGCCAAUUAAACUUCAACAGAAUGGCAUUCAGAACAGAAAUUUUGAGAUAAACCAAGAUCUACAAGACAAUACAGAAACUCAUGGUUCUCAUGCACCCUACAUUGUUGCUGCUGUUUUCCUGGCUGUUGUUGUCAUGACCCUUACAGGAAUUAUUUUGAAAACUAAAUUGAGGAGACCAAUUCCAUAUGAAAUAAUGUGA